GUGUGUGUGUGUGUGUGUGUGUGUUUUGCAACAGACGGUGAGGGGUCAGUUUUCACGGGAGGUCCUAACUACGCCCGGCGGCACUGACGCACACACGCUGCUGCCGCUGAGACUCAGUACGACGGCGGAGCGCACAGUCUCCGGACCUUCCCAGCGCGGGACGGAGCCAAAUCACUGAAACAAGACUGCCGCGCACCUGACACACACCGGGACUGCGUGGAAGCGGAGUAAUAUGCGGGACAGGAGCCGCUCGGUGCGCGCUGACCAGCACCAAGUGGAGUAAAGUGCGCGCCGGCCUGACGCGGAGCGCGCGUCGAGCCAGCAGCAGCAACAGCAGCAAGUUGAGUGAAAUAACACAAGUGCCGUCGACGGCCACGAAACCAGCCGCUCUCGGAUUUAACGGAGGUUUGAGGUGGACGUUUGUUCCGGCAAAAUGAAAUUCGCGGAGCAUCUUUCGUCUCACAUCACUCCGGAGUGGAGGAAGCAGUACCUUCAAUAUGAGGCAUUCAAGGAAAUGCUGUAUGCUGCUCAGGACCAAGCUCCAUCCGUUGAAGUCACAGAUGAAGACACGGUGAAAAGAUACUACGCCAAAUUUGAGGAGAUGUUUUUCCAGACCUGUGAGAAGGAGCUCCUGAAAAUAAACACAUUCUACUCAGAAAAGCUUGCUGAAGCUCAGAGGCGUUUUGCCACCUUGCAGAAUGAACUGCAGUCCUCCUUGGAUGCUCAGCGUGAGAGCAACGCUCCAAACGGCUUGCGAAGACGCAAAACGGUGUUCCAUCUGUCGCAGGAGGAGCGCUGCAAACACAGAAACAUCAAGGACCUGAAGCUAGCCUUCAGCGAAUUCUACCUCAGCCUCAUCCUGCUCCAGAACUACCAGAAUCUGAACUUCACUGGUUUUCGUAAGAUCCUGAAGAAGCAUGACAAGAUUCUGGAUACUUCUCGUGGGGCCGAUUGGCGCGUGGCUCACGUGGAGGUGGCACCUUUUUACACCUGCAAGAAGAUCACACAGCUCAUCUCGGAAGCAGAGACCCUCGUGACCAUAGAGCUGGAGGGAGGAGAUCGUCAGAAAGCCAUGAAGAGGCUGAGAGUACCUCCACUGGGAGCAGCACAGCCUGCUUUAGCCUGGACCACCUUCCGUGUGGGUCUCUACUGUGGCGUCUUUAUCAUUCUUGCUGUCGCCUUUAUAAUCACCGGUGCUGUGUUCAUCCACAACGAGAACGUGUGGCCUCUGGUGCGCAUUUAUCGGGGUGGUUUCCUGCUGAUCCAGUUCCUCUUCUUGUUGGGCAUUAACACAUAUGGAUGGAGACAGGCCGGGGUCAACCAUGUCCUCAUCUUUGAGAUCAAUCCUCGAAACAACCUCUCACACCAACACCUGUUUGAGAUUGCUGGUUUCUUGGGUGUGCUGUGGUGUCUCAGCAUCCUGUCCUGUCUCUACUCUGAGCACACCUACCUCCCCAUGCAGAUCCACCCGCUCGUCCUGUAUGGCUUCAUGGUGCUUUUCCUUAUCAACCCCUUCAAGACCUGCUACUACAAAUCACGCUUCUGGCUCCUCAAGCUGCUGUUUCGUGUGUUCACGGCGCCGUUUCACCGGGUGGAGUUUGCAGAUUUCUGGCUGGCUGAUCAGCUCAACUCUCUGGUGGUGGUUCUGAUGGACAUCGAGUAUAUCAUCUGCUUCUACAUCUUUGAGCUGCGUUGGAGUGACCAGCGGGGAUUGUUGCCCAAAUUUCAAGACCCCAGUGUCUACGUUUGCCACAGCUACUCGUAUGGCGUGCGUGCCAUCAUCCAGUGUCUGCCUGCCUGGAUCCGCUUCAUCCAGUGUCUGAGGCGUUACCGUGACACCAAGAGGGCCUUUCCUCACCUGGUGAAUGCAGGGAAAUAUUCUACAACCUUCUUUGUCGUCAUCUUUGCUGCACUCUACGCCACACACAGAGAGCAGGGACACACGGACGCUGACACGUUCUUCUAUCUGCUGAUCAUCUUCUCAACCAUCAGCUCCCUGUACACACUGACCUGGGAUCUGCGUAUGGACUGGGGUCUGUUUGACUCCGGGGCCGGAGAAAACACCUUCCUCAGAGAGGAAAUUGUUUACCCACACAAGGCGUACUACUACUGUGCCAUUGUAGAAGAUGUGAUCUUGCGCUUUGCCUGGACCAUCCAGAUCUCUCUGGUCACGAUGACCAACAUCCACUCUGUGGGAGACAUCGUAGCCACUGUGCUGGCUCCGCUCGAGGUCUUCCGCCGUUUUGUGUGGAACUUUUUCCGUCUGGAGAACGAGCACCUGAACAACUGCGGUGAGUUCCGAGCUGUGAGGGAUAUCUCCGUGGCUCCGCUUAACGCUGACGACCAGACUUUGCUGGAGCAGAUGAUGGACCAGGAGGACGGCGUACGCAACCGCUCGGGCAAGAAGCCCAGGAAGAGAUCAUACAGCCUGUCUCUCCGACGCCCCCUACUGUCCAAUUCACAGUCUAAAAAGGACACAAAGGUGCUCAUUGAUGAUACGGAUGAUGAAGCCUUCAGCUGAGUCAGCAGUGACACACACACACACACACGCACGCAAAAGCGCACAGACACACCAUGCAAACACACACAAACACACUUACAUCUUUGUGAGGACCUAAAUCCUUACUGACCAAUCUUAACCUAUUUUCCAGUCGCCCUAACCCUCCUACUUACCCUCUAAAGCUGUGAGCUCACAAUGUCCUCCCUUUGAACAAUUCACCUCCUCUUUCCAUCCUUGCAAUGUAUUUGGUCUCUAAGUAAAUGAAUACACAGAUAAGACAGUCAGAAACCUGCUGAAGCACAAAUAUAAUCUGAAAACCUCACACAGCCACACAGACAUAAGGGAAAUCUUCUGCAUUGGCACAAAACUGGAACGUCCAAACCAGACUUCCCUGGGAUUAUUCUCCUCUUCCUAAUGUUAACCCCCCUUUUUUCAGUGAGUUGUUUGAGAUGUUUGUGUUUUAUUUUAGGUUUUUUUGCUGGAAAAAACUUUUUUUUUCUUCAAAGCUGCAUUGAUGCGACUGUUUACAUGCCUUUUUGAACUCUUACUAGGAUCAACAGGGAGAAGACAAGCAAGUCAAAAGACUAAUAAACAAUAGAAACCUGAGGAAGGACUCAACACACAUCACAACAUAUCAAGAGAAUCUGAACUGGUUUUCAACUUGUUGACUCUUUUAUACUACUUUUUUUUCCCCCUGAAUUGCUUCACUUUAUUUGGAAUAAUAUUAGUAACCACAACCCUGUUGGCAUUUGAAGGAAAAGUGCAUUUAAUACACAGAGAAUAUGGAAGAAGGAAAGAAGAAAACCUUUUAGACAAAUAAAUGUUUAGAGUGAAAUUAUCUGUGAAGUUUCUUUGUAAUACAUUUUUGAUGUGCAUUAUUACUCUAUUGUUAUGUGAUAUUUAUACAAAAGUAGUCUGAGCAUCCACACAAUGAAUGUAAUGUGUUUUCUAAUUAUUGGAAAAUGUUUUUCUUAAUUAGACUUGUGCCACAUUUUUACUAAGCUCACUUCAGUUUACCCUGAACAUAAAAAUUUGUGCAAAAAAGCUUGAAGAAUUAAUCACUGUGUUGUGACAUCAUAAAGUGCCCUCUUUGAUACAGCUGUUGUUCAUCGGUUAUGUACCAGCGCUUGAUUUUCAGGAACACGUGGUUAUUUUCAAAACAGCCCAACAGAGUAAAAUAGAACCAGAGCCAGAUGAUUAUUUAAUGAUUGGAGUGCAUAUGGUGGUGCUAAAAA